AUUUAAUUGAUGGGGAGACGAAAGGGUGCGUCGGAUGCAGGACCACAAACCCUUCGUCGUAGCCGCCGAUUACAAAAGCAUUUUCUGGCAGACGACGGAUGGGGCACGCAAGGUCUUAGCCGAUUACUGCAAGAACUAGGAUUUUGCACAAAAGACAUGGCAGGCGAUGGCAACUGUCUCUUUCGAGCACUAUCAGAUCAGUAUCAUGGUAACGAUAAGCAGCAUGCAGAAAUCCGACAGAGUGUAUGUCAAUUUUUACGUGAGAACGAAGAAUCCUAUGAAAUGUUUGUAGAGGAUGACCAAACAUUUCAAUGGCAUGUGGAUAAUAUGGAAAAUUUGGGUGUAUUUGGCGGCAAUAUGGAGCUGGCAGCUUAUGCUAAGUUGCAGAAGGUGGACAUCAAGAUCUACCAGCCGGGAUUCAUAUACAUCAUUAAUGGAGGAGAUGACCCCGAGGAACUACGGCAAACUCUUCAUAUUGCGUACCAUAGCUGGGAACAUUACAGCUCUGUGCGCAAUAUUGAUGGUCCGUCCCAGGGACCUCCAGAGAUAAAAGAUCGUCCGAUUGAACGAAGUAUGAGCUCGGAGCCUACGGCUAAAGAAAAGACAGUUUUGAAUGCCUGUCCACAGGCAACACUUUCUCAAGUACGAAAGAUGCUUAUAACACAUAAUCAGGACGUAGAUGAAGCCAUUGAAGCUUUGUAUGAAUCGGAGUAUCAGAACGACCCUGUUGAAGAGGACGCCAGCUUGUCACCGUCCAAAUUGGAUGAAGUUACCGCUACCCCUGAAGAGGUUGCUAGUUCGCCCGAAAAGCCGCUUUUAGGCACACCAGAUAUUACAAAUGACCACGACGGACAAAGUCAGGAAAGUGGUGCUGAUGACAAGCGAAAACGUAAGCGGCUCACAGCACGCGAUCGAAAAAUGCAAGCCAAGAUGAAACAGAAGCAACAGAGAAAGGCGAAGAAGAAGCCAGCAGAGGAAGAACAACAAGAAGCCAAAGUCACCUCUGAGUUACGGCAACUGUACAUAUGAAAACUAUAGCGAACAAACCUUGGGAAAUACCUUCUUCUUUUCUAAUUAAUUUUAUUUUUUUUGCCAAUGUAUUGUAGAAUGUUAGCUUUAAUCUUGUAUUGUAAGCUUUUCUUAAACAGUAUUUGCACAACAGGGUCUAUAACUAUGCGGCAUUGAA